GCGCAUACGCAUGGACGUGGACAUGGUCGGUAUUGCUCAUUCAAGGAAAGCCGGAGAAAUUGCCUUCAGGUCCGGUUCAAACGCAGGAGUCACGUCUGAUGUCGUUGUCACUCCGCUUUUGCCAGACCUUCCCUAGUAUCGUUACGGAGCAAAGGAGGGAGGAAUCGGCCUCAUCAGCCUCAUAGAGAAAUUGUAUCCCACAAUGCUAUGUGUGUCAUUCGAGAUCGCCCGAACCGGGGACAGGAUGUUUGCUUCCCCGGAGCAUGUCUGCCGCCUUAAUCCACCUUUCCCGCGUCAAGUCUUGAUCAUGGUUGGGCUUCACUUCGGAGGACGUGGGGUUUUCUGGGCUUCGGAAGCGGGGGCGACGAACCGAGAGCGGCCGCGUUUUCACCAAAGGUCAAAAUUAGCACAAAACGGACGCAGAAGGCUGACUUUGGCUUGCUGCUUGCUUGAGCCAGCCAGCUGUCUGCUUGCGUUUGGUAUUUCGAGACACAACGAGGCGACUGUGCCUAACUCAACAUCUGAUGAUGAGUGCGAAUAUCGCGGUGGCAGCAAGAUACUCGUGCCCAUCAUCUCUCUCCUCCCUUCCCCUCGCGGGGGAACAUCUUGGCUCGGGCCGUGUCCUGAAGCUAAACGAAGACGAGUGGCCUGUUGGUGGGAUACGUGGAUAACGAGAGCACCACUUGCGACGAACAGGACACGUUCUAUCAGCAUGGAAUUCCGGGGCUUCGUGGAACAAGUUUUGACGCCAUGCCAUGGGACACGCCUGCCCAUUGCAUUGCCCUGCUUGGCUCAGCGCCGGGAGGAAUGGGAAUAAUUUUGGAUAAGAGCGGUGGAACCAUGCUGCUGGGUUCAAAUCGUACGGAUAGGGUGCGUAGUCCGAAGACUCCUGCGAGCCCCUGGAUCCUGCCUCCAGGGACAGAAAGAUAGGGUGUGCGUGUCAAAUGACAAGCGAGAGUGGACGAAUCGAAUCCCUGGCAUUCUAGACUCCUCGGCAAAAUCGAACCAUGGACCGUUGUUCCGUGACGACGCAUCCCUCUUCGGAGCAUCCCAUCAUCCUUGCCCAUUCACUUGCUGGCCGUGUCAGGAAGAGACCCACGA